AUGUCUUCAAACGGGACCGUCACGGCCCAUCCAUACAAGAAGUGCACAGCUGUGACGGACACGUGUCCCGUAACAGCCACGACGCAGGGCUACUAUCCCAACCUGGGCAUCAACUACUUCUUCGCCAUCGGCUUCGGCAUCGCAGCCGUCAGUCUCGUCGUGACGGGCAUCUGGAAGCGCACCUGGGGCUACUCGGGCUUCCUCGCGGCCGGUGCGGCACUUGAGCUCGCCGGCUACGCCGCCCGCAUCCCCCUGCACGCCAACCCGUGGGACCAGCAGGCGUUCGAGACGCAGAUCUGCGCCAUCAUCCUGGCGCCGACGCUCAUCUGCAUCGGACUCUACCUCACGCUCAAGCACGCGUGCCUGGCAUUGUGUCCGCAGCUCUCACGCGUCCGCCCGACCCUCUAUCCGUGGAUCUUUGUGCCCGCCGACGUCAGCUGUCUGCUCGUCCAGGCCAUCGGCGGUGCUCUCGCCGCCUCGGCCGGCUACACCAGUACCACGCUUCUCAGCACCGGAAAUCACGCCAUCAUUGCCGGCAUCGCCCUGCAGGUCGUCGUGCUCGCCUUCUUUGGCAUCGCCUCCCUCGACUACUACGUGCACGUGCACCGCCUGAUCAACGGCCGCGACCGCCAUGGCCUCCAGCCUACGCCCGCCGCUCUCGAGCUAUGGACCAACCGGGACUUUCGCAUGUUCAGCCGUGCCGCGGCGGCAGCAUAUGUCUGUAUCCUGAUUCGGUGCAUCUAUCGUAUCGCUGAGAUGGCCGGUGGCUGGGGCAAUAAGAUCAUGCAGGACCAGCCGUCAUUCAUUGUGCUAGAAGGAUUCAUGAUCCUAAUCGCUGUUUGCUUAUUGGCAGCAUUCCCGCCCGGAUUCCUUUUCCCCCAGAUGGCGAUGGGCCGUAAGAAGAGAAGAGCUGCUGCCCAGGAGAACGACGCGCCGAUUGUGCACACGAAGGCCGAAAAGAAGAACGCCACCGCAGAAGCUCAGCGCUCUGAUAAUCUCGAAGCGGGAACGGCCUAUACACCAUCGGAGGCCUUACAUGAAAAAUAG